AUGCAGGGUAUAAAGAACAAGCAGGGAUGCUCUGGCCGGUUUAACUCUCGAAACCAUUUGGGAAUCUCUAAUCGGCCUGAACAACCGCCGGCAGCACAGAGCCGUACCCUUCUUGAGAUUAUACGAGACGAUGAGUCUAACAGGGAAAAGAAGAGUUGGAAAACGUUACGGGACAAGCUCCGGCUCAAGCGACCGGUCUCUGUCUGGACCUCCUCGGACCAUGUCCCUGCUUCUGAUGUCAUUGUCGAUGGUAAUAACAGAUCCCAGCUCUCGCGGCACGGUUCCUUUCGUUCUCACUCGGCUGACCCGGCUCGUGUUGUGAACGGAGGUCAAAGCGCCGCGCGAAGUUAUUCGGGUCAGGAACAACCGGUUCGGAACGAUGUCGGCUUGUGGAGUAAUGCUCCACCGUCGAGAAGCUUUAGGACGGAAAUUACAGCGAGAAACGGCGCCGGGAGCAGCGAAGACGACUACUCUCCUAUGGCGCGCAACGAGACGCGCCAACUCGGAACGGUAUUAGCACUGGAUAGGGCAUUAUCUGAGAGAGAAUCAGCGGCGGAGGACCCUGUGAGGAUGUCACUGAUGGAGUUUUUGCAAGAAACAGAUCUAAUCGGACCGAGACACACGACGGUAAACGCCGGUGACGACGAAGAAAACGAGGAGAAAGAAACGGUGGCAGCGAGCGUAGGGAUGCAGCACACGUGUUGCGUGUGCAUGGUCAGGCAUAGAGGUGCGGCGUUUAUUCCAUGCGGCCACACGUUUUGUCGGGUUUGUUCGAGGGAGCUUUGGGUUCAGCGAGGCGACUGCCCGCCAUGCAGUGGCAUAAUCAUGGAAAUUCUUGACAUCUUUUAA